CUGUUUCUCUGUAAGGAGUUAGAUCUUGGCAACAUUUGGGACCAAAUUUUCCUCAGCUACUGCAUUAGUCCAUGGAUUCAUGAUCUGUUGUUUGAUUCCACAAGAAAAAAUGGUUCCUUUCUGGAUUUGAGUAGUGAAACAGAGUGUUCUGUUCUGUCUUUUUAAAGAAAGAUCUGAACUUUCUUUAUUUUACAAGAUGGCUGGAGAGAGAAGAAACAAAGGGAUGCGUUUGAGCAAACUCUACUCAUUCAAAUGCCUCAAGCCUUUCUCUAAAGAAGACCAUUCUCAAAUCGGUUCAAGAGGCUACUCUAGAGUUGUCUUCUGUAAUGACCCCGAUAACCCCGAGGCUAUUCAGCUUAACUACAGAGGGAACUACGUUUCCACCACUAAGUACACAGCUACCAACUUCAUCCCCAAGUCAUUGUUUGAGCAGUUUAGAAGAGUUGCAAACAUAUACUUUCUAGUUGUUGCUUUUGUUUCCUUUAGCCCUUUAGCUCCUUAUACCGCUCCUAGUGUCCUUGCACCGCUCUUGUUUGUGAUUGGUGCUACGAUGGUUAAAGAAGGUGUUGAAGAUUUGAGGAGAAGGAGACAAGACAUUGAAGCUAACAACAGGAGAGUUAAAGUUUUUGGUAAGAACGGUGAAUUUAGUGAAACUAAGUGGAAGAAUCUUAGAGUUGGUGAUCUUGUGAAGGUUUAUAAAGAUGAGUACUUCCCAGCUGAUCUUCUCCUUCUCUCAUCUAGCUAUGAAGAUGGAGUUUGCUACGUUGAGACUAUGAAUCUAGACGGAGAGACUAACUUGAAGCUAAAGCAUGCGUUAGAGAUCACAUCAGAUGAAGAAGAGUCUGUCAAGAAUUUCAGGGGAGUGAUUAAAUGUGAAGAUCCUAAUGAGCAUCUCUACUCCUUUGUGGGAACGCUUCACUUCCAAGGACAGCAGUACCCUCUCUCUCCUCAGCAGAUACUUUUAAGAGACUCAAAGCUGAGAAACACUGAGUACAUCUAUGGGGUUGUUGUCUUCACGGGUCAUGACACCAAAGUGAUGCAGAAUGCUACUGAUCCUCCUUCAAAGAGGAGUAAGAUUGAGAGGAAAAUGGAUAAGAUUAUUUACAUCCUCUUCAGUAUCUUGAUUGUGAUAGCUUUCACUGGUUCUGUGUUCUUUGGGAUUAUAACUAGAAGAGAUGUAACUGAUGAUGGGAAGAUGAGGAGAUGGUAUCUUAGACCAGACCAGACUACUGUCUUUUACCAACCACAGAGAGCGGUUCUUGCUGCUUUCUUUCAUUUCUUGACGGCUCUGAUGCUAUACGGUUACUUAAUACCGAUAUCACUAUACGUUUCAAUUGAGGUUGUGAAGGUGUUACAGAGUAUUUUUAUCAAUCAAGAUCAAGAAAUGUACCACGAGGAAACAGACAGGCCUGCUCGUGCGAGAACUUCUAAUCUCAAUGAAGAACUCGGUCAAGUAGACACGAUUCUCUCGGAUAAAACAGGUACUCUUACUUGCAACUCAAUGGAGUUUGUGAAAUGUUCUAUAGCUGGAACUGCUUAUGGCCGUGGUAUGACUGAAGUAGAAGUAGCCUUGAGAAAACAAAAGGGUAUGAGUAUGACACCUCAAGAAGAAGAUUCUUUAUCCAUUAAGGAUAUAAAAGCGAACUCAACAAAGUCAGUUAAGGGAUUUAACUUCUGGGACGAGAGGAUAGUAGAUGGGCAAUGGGUUAAUCAACCAAAUGCAGAACUCAUUCAGAAGUUCUUUAGGGUGUUGGCUAUUUGCCAUACUGCUAUCCCUGAUGUGGAUAGUGAUACCGGAGAGAUCAGUUAUGAAGCUGAGUCUCCUGAUGAAGCGGCUUUUGUUAUAGCUUCUAGAGAGCUUGGGUUUGAGUUCUUUGCAAGGUCUCAAACUAAUAUCUCCUUGCAUGAAAUUGACUACAUGACUGGUGAAAAAGUAGACAGAGUGUAUGAGCUACUUCAUGUCCUAGAGUUCAGCAGUUCUCGUAAAAGAAUGUCUGUUAUUGUUAGAAAUCCAGAGAACCGGUUAUUUUUACUUUCUAAAGGAGCAGACAGUGUAAUGUUUGAAAGACUUGCUAAACACGGACGCCAAAACGAGAGAGAGACAAAGGAACACAUCAAGAGGUAUGCAGAGGCAGGUUUAAGAACCUUGGUGAUUACAUACAGAGAAGUUGAUGAAGACGAGUACAGAAUAUGGGAAGAGGAGUUUUUGAAUGCUAAAACUUUGGUCACUGAAGAUAGAGAUGCUUUAAUAGAUGCAGCUGCUGAUAAGAUUGAGAAGGAUUUGAUUCUUAUUGGUUCUACUGCAGUGGAAGACAAACUCCAAAAGGGUGUUCCAGAUUGUAUUGAAAAGUUAUCUCAGGCUGGGGUCAAGAUAUGGGUUUUAACCGGUGAUAAGACAGAAACUGCAAUAAACAUUGGAUAUGCUUGUAGUCUGUUAAGAGAAGGCAUGGAGAAGAUUAUGAUAACUCUAGAUUCACCUGACAUUGAAACUUUGGAGAAACAAGGAGACAAAGAUGCUGUUGCAAAGGCUUCUUUUCAGAGCAUUAAGAAACAGUUACGAGAUGGAAUGUCACAAACUGCCGCAGCAACAAAUAAUUCAGCUAAUGAAAAUCAGAAGAUGUUUGGUUUAGUAAUUGAUGGGAAGUCCUUAACCUUUGCAUUAGACAAGAAGCUGGAGAAAGAGUUCUUGGAACUUGCGAGUCGUUGUAGUUCUGUUAUAUGUUGCCGGUCUUCACCAAAACAAAAGGCUCUGGUUACAAGAUUGGUAAAAAGCGGGACAGGUAGAACAACACUAGCCAUUGGAGAUGGUGCAAAUGAUGUCGGGAUGCUUCAAGAAGCUGAUAUUGGAGUUGGGAUCAGUGGUGCUGAAGGGAUGCAGGCUGUGAUGGCUAGUGAUUUUGCCAUAGCUCAGUUUCGGUAUCUGGAACGUUUGUUGCUUGUUCAUGGCCAUUGGUGUUAUAGAAGAAUAGCAAUGAUGAUAUGUUACUUCUUCUACAAGAACCUCACGUUCGGAUUCACGUUGUUUUGGUACGAAGCUUAUGCUUCUUUCUCUGGUAAACCAGCUUAUAACGAUUGGUACAUGUCUUGCUACAACGUCUUCUUCACUUCACUUCCUGUUAUAGCUCUUGGAGUCUUUGAUCAAGACGUCUCUGCUCGUCUUUGUCUGAAGUAUCCGUUACUGUACCAAGAAGGAGUACAGAACAUACUAUUCAGCUGGGAACGGAUCCUUGGUUGGAUGCUAAACGGAAUCAUAAGCUCAAUGAUCAUCUUCUUCCUCACAAUCAACACACUUGCCUCUCAAGCUUUCCGCAAAGACGGUCAAGUAGUAGACUACUCAGUUCUCGGAGUCACAAUGUACUCUUCCGUGGUCUGGACAGUAAACUGCCAGAUGGCGAUAUCUAUAAACUACUUCACAUGGAUCCAACACUGCUUCAUUUGGGGAAGCAUAGGUGUUUGGUAUCUGUUUCUUGUCAUCUACGGUUCUCUUCCUCCUACAUUCUCAACGACAGCGUUUCGAGUCUUUGUUGAGACAUCAGCACCGAGUCCCAUCUGUUGGUUAACUCUUGUUCUUGUCACGUUCUCUGCUCUCUUGCCGUAUUUCGCUUACAGGGCGUUUCAGAUCAAGUUCAGACCGAUGUAUCAUGACAUUAUUGUUGAGCAGAGGAGAACAGAACGGUUUGAGAGUGGGACUAGGACGACUAGUGCUGUUUCUGGUGAGCUUCCUGUGCAGGUUGAGUUUACUUUGCAUCAUCUUAGGGCAAACUUGUCGAGAAGAGAUUCUUGGAAUUAACAUUUGAAGUAAAGAGUGAAUUACAAUGUUUUGUAAAUAUAUUGUGUUUAGUUUAUACCUAGCUGUUUAUUUAACAAGUUUUUAUGGCUGAUCUUGGAUUUAAAUUUUAUUUAAAUUAUAUUUGUAUGUUGUAGACUUGUAGUUAUACAUCUAUAAUUGAAACAGAUCACAUUAUUUGAAUUUUUUAAAAAAAAUAUUAUGAGC